GGCGCUGCGCAGUCGCGCUCCGAGUGACGCCAUCGGCGCGCCGGUGGCGGCGCCGGCACCGGGGCCGCCAUGAAGCCGCCGCUGCGGCCCCGCCUGGCCCCGGCCCGGUACGUGACGGGCCCGGGGGCGGCGGCGGAGCCCGAGCGGUCGCGGGCGACCUGGUCGGUGCGGGAGAAGCGGUCGCUGCUCGCGGGACUGCGGGCUCAGGCGGCGCUCGGCCUCCCCGACCCGCAGCCGCGGGCCCUGCGGGAGCGGCUGCCCCGGCGGAGCGAGGCCGAGAUCCUGUCGUUCCUGUGCCGGCUGCGGGGCCGAGCGGCGCGGGAGGCCGUGCGCACCCAGUACCGGCACUGCCUGGAGCAGCAGCGCCACCGCCGUGCCCACAUCCCGGCCCCCAUCGAGGUGUGGCUGGAGCUGGCCGAGAUGCUGGCGGAGGGGCUAGAGGAGGCGACGGCGGCCGCCUUCUCCCAGGUCCUCACCGUUGCGGCCACUGAACCACUGACCCUCCUCCACUCUGUUCCCCCACGUCCCACCAGUCCCACGGCCCCGCUGGAGCGGGGGGGAUCAGCACCGGUGGUCCCCGCGGCCCCGCUGGAGCGGGGGGGAUCUGCACCGGGGGUCUCCGCAGCCCCGCUGGAUCGGGGAGGGUCGGCACCGGCGGUCCCUGCAACACCCCCGUCGCCCCCCGGCCAGCCCCAUGCCCCCACGGGUUUCACCGUCGACUUCCAGAGGGUUUACGAGUACCUGGCGCGGCUCUGCCGGGGCGGGAAGGGCCCCGCGCUCCCCCCCGGGGAAUCGGCGGUGGUGCUGGCGCUGCUGGGCUCCCUCCCCCAGGAGCUGGGGGUCCUCGAUCGCGCUGCCCUCCAAGGCCACCUGCGGAGUGCCUACGGUGCCCUGACGGCUCCCCGCCCCCCCGAGGGGCCCCCCACCCCCCCACCCCCCUCCGAGGGGGCCCCCAGUGCCCCCCUGGCUCCCAGCCCCCCUGCGUCCCCCUGGCGGGGGGUCGGCCUGUGCCCCCUCAACCUCUUCCUGGUCCCACUGCGGCUCCUGGCCCGAGCGGAGCCCUCGGGGUGAGCUGGGGUGCCCCCCGCCCCCGUGUGGGGCUGCGGGGUUGGGUUGGGUAAUAAACACUGCGUUUGCCCGAAA